AUGGGUCUGCUUUGGGGGUUUCCCUUGCUCCUGGUAGCUGCUUUACUCAUGGGGAGCUGCUCUGAUUCCUCCUCGCAUUCCCUGCUCGAUUUCUGCACAACCACGUGGGAGCCUGACCAGGACUUGUUCCAUUUCACUGCUGUGGGAUACGUGGACGACCACCUUGUUGGACACUAUGACAGCAUCAUGAGAAAGGCAGUGCCUCGGGUGCCCUGGAUAAGGAAGGUGGAGAAGAAUGACCCCCACUUCUGGGACUGGAACACCCACAAUGCCCUGGAUGACGAGCGGAGUAUGAAGAAAGAUCUGCUGAACCUCCAGAAUCUCUACAAUCGGAGUGGAGGCUUGCACAUCUGGCAGCACAUGUGUGGAUGCGAGCUGACCAAGGAUGCGCACAGGGUGGGAUAUGAGCAGUUUGCCUACGACGGGGAGGACUACAUCAGUUUUGACAAGGAGACCCUUACCUGGACAGCAGCCGUGGUGCCCGCUCAGGUGACCAAGAGGCAGUGGGAUGCUGACUUGGCACACAGUCGCUUCCUCAGGACCUACCUGGAGGAAGAAUGCAUCCACUGGCUGCAGAUGUUCCUGGACUAUGGGAAGGAGUCUUUGCUGAAGAGAGAGCCCCCAGUGGUGAGGGUGGUCCGCAAGGCAGACUACGAUGGCCUGGAAACCCUCGUCUGUCGAGCCCACGGCUUCCACCCCAGGGAGAUUGAUGCGACCUGGACCAAGGAUGGGGAGGUUUGGGAACAGGAGACUUUUCAUGGGGGUUUCAUCCCCAACUCGGACGGGACCUACCACACCUGGCUGAGUGUCAAAAUCCACCCCAAGGACAGGGAUCGAUACCGGUGCCACGUGGAACAUGAAAGCCUGCUGGAGCCAUUGGACUUGGCCUGGGAGGAGCCUGUCUCAUCCAAGAUGGAGCUCAUUGCUGGAGUGCUUGUGGGGAUUGCAGUUUCUGCCUCACUCGUGGCUGGGAUCAUUGUCUACAUCCGGAAAAGGCAAAGCAGCUACCAGGCAGCCCAUAAAGCACAAUCAACCAGCAACCGGGGAUCGGACAGCUCUGUCAAUGGCUGCCGGCGCCGGAUCUGCCCGGCGACUACUGACAAUUUCGGAGCGCCUCUUUCCGAUUGGAGGGAAAUUCACCCCUCGGCCAAUCACGCCUCUUACUCCGGAACCCUGGGCCGAUCCCGAGCGGACUCGGGAGCAACUCCGUGCAACUCCCUGCAGAAAGCGCUGCUAGGAUGA